UCCGGCUCUGCCCGCUUCAUUCGGCGCCUUCUGCAGCCUCGGCGAGCUCGCGGCCGGGGGCUCCCUCCAGCCACAGGCAGCCCAGGCUUGAUCCUCCACCUGACAUCUCCAGAGAGCGGGCUGCUGCCAGUGCAUUUCCAGCCAGUGCAAACCCCCAGCCCAGAACCAAUUCAAAUUCGAGCAUCUGCAGGGAGAAGAGGAAAAUCCUCGUCUUCUUAAGGUUCCUCAAUGAGUGCCAAGCUCUCCAAGGAGUUGAGGCUGUCUCUGCCACCUUGUCUCUUGAACAGGACAUCUGCCUCCUCCAAUGCCAGCAGCACCUGCAUCGCGCAGGUGGGGCAGCUCUUUCAGUCCUUCUCUUCCACUCUGGUUUUAAUUGUCCUGGUCACCCUCAUCUUCUGCCUGAUCCUCCUCUCCCUUACCACCUUCCACAUCCACAAGAGGAAGAUGAAGAAGCGGAAAAUGCAGAGAGCUCAGGAGGAAUAUGAACGGGACCACUGCAGCAGCAGCAGCCGCCCCAAGGCAGGUAUUCAGGGAGAGACACCCCCUGGAAGAAACCCCCGGCUGGGAAACUCCACCCAGGACUCGGGAAUCCAGCACCCGUCUCCUCCAGAGCCCCGGAGUGCUCACCCAGCAAGAUCUUGUUUGGACACAGCUAGUGCGGGGCUCCUGCAAACUGUGGUAUUGUCAUGAUUAUUUUGUGGGGGGGACCUCGCCAAGGCUCUGUUUGGUGUUUGUAAAUACUUCAGUGAUGUUGUAGGCUCUGAAAAGAAAAGUUGUUAAUUAAAACGAACGAACAAACCCACAAUUCAAGCGCAUGACAAAUCACGCUGCGUUUCUCAUUGACUGUGCAAGGAAAGGAUGCGUCUUUUUAACGGAAAAGAAGCUGCACAGUGCUACCAAAUAUACAGUCAUCUGCCCGGAGGCGUGGGGGUGGGAGGAUCCCAGUGUGAUGCACAGAGUUAUCAUAAGGAUCGAGAAGAUAUUUCCCCCCAUUCCUCUCCUCGGUGUAUCCCUAAUUGUAUGUUAUAAACCAACCAUUUAGAUUGGGGGAGGGAGGGCAUGGCACAGGGUGAGAGACAAAGAAAGAGUGAUCUGAACGAUGCAGUGGGAUCCUUAAUCUCUCAGACAAAGGAGACGAGUGCAUCUCAUGGU